GCUGUGGCGCUCCCCAACUCUGCCUAGGAUCUAGACACAGACACCAUCGUGUACCCAUUCCGAAGCGAGGGACUCUGCUCUUUCUGGGCUGCUGGGAGUAACUCCUAGAAUCUCUCCCCUGCUAGAGUGGAACUUCCUGAAAAAGCUGAAGGCUGGCUGGAAAAGGGAAGGGGAGGAAGGGAUGACCUAGACGGAACAAAGACUCAGCCCCGUGCCGCUUCCACCACCAGGUGGGGCUCCCUCGCUCCCAGCCCGAGUCGGUUUCCCUCGCUUCUCAUGUCUGUGAUUCCAAACACUGGGGCUGUGGGCCAAGCGCUUCUCAGGCCUCGCUCCGUCUUCCUGACAAGGGGUUAUUGUCCUUAUUAUCCUUCCCCGGGAGGAAGAAAGCUGUUGCGGAGCCCGAGACGCGGGGAAGCCGGGAACUCGGCCAAGGUCACAGCACCACUAAGCACCAGCUUGCUCAUUCGGCAGGUCCCUCUGACUUCCAACUCUGACUUUACAUUCUCUAAAGCUGAAGGUACCAGAACCUAAUCCCCAGUCAGAAAGGCAAGUCUGCGAGGUGAGAGAAGGGAGUUUGGUAGCAGGGUGCCCUCAGCCCCUGCUGAGGGAAUGGGAAGGUUCCGCAGAGGAGGAGGAGUCCUCAUCUUGAGGACCGUCCUGGCAGCGUGGAUAAGGUAGGGGCUGCUCCAGAGACAGCAGGGAAAGGCAGAUGCAGGACAAGAACAUGUGUCUUGUCCCACCUGAGGCUUGUGGUGGAGACUCUGGCCACAAGCUUUCCUGUCCUGAGCAGAACAGGGAGAGGGAGUGGACAGGAAGGUGAGCAGACACCCAGAGACCUGGGAGGGAGAGACUGGGGGUCUUGCUUCAUGCCCAGGUUGACCCUCACCCCACCAACUCCCUCUCCAUCUCCCAGCUUCCUGGCUCCCUACCCAAGAGCUCAGCUUCCAACUUCUUGAACCCCACUGGGCCCCCAUCUGUGAGGAUCAAGAGGUGUGCUCACAGCCCCGUAGGCUAAAACUGUGAACUGGGGACACUGGGCAGACCUGUGGGGGAGGACUUCUCCUACUUCCUCCUCCCCACCCCUGUGGUAUCCUCACUUCCUUUUCUUGAUUGCAGUCAACAGCUGGCCCAGGGCGGGUGGUCCUCCAUCCACUCCACUCCCAGCCCUGUGGGAAGGUCAAGGCAGAGCACAGGGGCCAGUCACUGGACCCAAGUGUGCAGGGAUCCCCAGGCCCCUGCUCCUAGUACCUCAUCCUGGCACCAGAGCCAGCCGCCUCCCGGCUGUACUGAGCUUCCUCCUCAGGAAAGCCCACCUAUAGUCCUCGGAGGAGAACCCGCGGCCACAAGGCGGGAGCCGGAAUCAGCCAGCCCUGGAGCGUCACCUUCUGACGUACUGCCAAGGACGAAGACAGGUGGCCCAAGCCUCCUGACCUCAAAGGGUCAUCCCUGGUCCUGGCCUCCUCCCCACGGGCAGAAGGCGGCCAGCCCCUCCUCCCUCCCCCUCCAGGCAGGCCUCAUGGCUGAGUGAGCCUUCCUUGAGCACAGCAAUCUACCCCAGCAUGGUCCAGGCCUGUGAGGGGCGCUCCAGAGCACAGCCACCGACCUUGUCUUUGGGGGCAGCCAUGACCCAGCCUCCCCCCACCAAGGCUCCAGCCAAGAAGCAUGUGCGGCUGCAGGAGAGAAGGGGCUCCAGCGUGGCUCUGAUGCUGGAUGUUCGGUCUUUGGGGGCUGUGGAACCCAUCUGCUCGGUGAAUACACCCCGGGAGGUCACCAUACACUUUCUGCGCACAGCCGGACACCCCCUUACACGCUGGGGUCUACAGCACCAGCCACCCAGCCCCAAGCAGCUAGAGGAGGAAUUCUUGAAGAUCCCCUCAAACUUUGUCAGCCCUGAAGACCUGGAUAUCCCUGGCCAUGCUUCCAAGGACCGAUACAAGACCAUCUUGCCAAAUCCCCAGAGUCGUGUCUGUCUUGGCCGGGCCCAGAGCCAGGAAGAUGGUGACUACAUCAAUGCCAACUACAUCCGAGGCUAUGAUGGGCAGGAGAAGGUCUACAUUGCCACCCAGGGCCCCAUGCCAAACACUGUGGCGGACUUCUGGGAGAUGGUGUGGCAAGAAGAAGUGUGCCUCAUUGUCAUGCUCACCCAGCUCCGAGAGGGCAAGGAGAAAUGUGUACAUUACUGGCCCACAGACGAGGAAACAUAUGGGCCCUUCCAGAUCCGCAUCCAGAGCAUGAAAGAACACCCAGAGUACACUGUGAGGCAACUUACCAUCCAGCACCAAGAGGAAUGCCGCUCAGUAAAGCACAUCCUCUUCUCGGCCUGGCCAGACCACCAGACUCCAGAAUCGGCAGGACCCUUGCUGCGCCUGAUGGCUGAGGUGGAGAGCCCGGAGACCGCUGCUAACUCCGGGCCUAUCGUGGUUCACUGCAGUGCAGGGAUCGGGCGGACAGGCUGCUUCAUUGCCACCCGCAUAGGCUGCCAGCAGCUGAAGGCCCGAGGGGAAGUGGACAUUCUGGGCAUCGUGUGCCAGCUGCGCCUGGACAGAGGAGGCAUGAUCCAGACUGCAGAGCAGUACCAAUUCCUGCACCACACACUGGCCCUGUAUGCAGCCCAGCUGCCCCAGGAGCCCAGCCCCUGACCCCCAGCCCUCCACCAGUCCAGGAGCCAACCUCCCCUCAGGGCUGGGACAGUGGAUCUGGGGAAGUGGGCUGUGUGCUCUGAGACAGCUUCUUCAUAAGCACAGCAAUGAGAAUGCUUACAGUCCCAGGAAAAUGCUCCAGCCAGCAACAGGGGCCAGGCCACGGGUCUUCACCGCCGACUGUUCCUCUGCCUCCUCCAGUGGCCUCCAGAGGACUAUGGGGGAGCUUUCCAGUGGCUCUGAACUUACAGAUAGGAGCUGGUACUUGGAAUGGAUUGAGAAAAAAAGCUGAGGUGCUGGUCUUAUCUCAUAUGCUCUCUGCGGCCUUCCUACCCUGUUGAUGACACAGAGUCAGUCCUUCGCUGCCGUCAUCGAAGCAGACAGAAUGUUCCUGAAAGCCAUUCCAGAUGUAGCCACGCUGCUGGGUCUGCCGAGACAGUAAACUACAGGAUUCUCUUCCAUUAAGGCCUUGCCCGCAAACAGGCCAGAUGCCGAGAGCAGGGAAAAGUCUGGUCUAACCUUGGCUAAAUCCUCUACAUCCUACAUAGACUGCUCCUCCCUACACACCUGUGAGUGUCAGAUGACACCCCCCCCCCAGAAGAGAACAAGGACCCUGACUGGCCACCACACGUGUCAGAAAAGGAGACGCAGAGGUAACCAAGUCUAUCCAUUGAGAUCGCUGGAAGAGCCCAGGUGUGAUGAUGCACACCUGUCCUCCCAGGAGUCCUCGGGAGCAUAAGCAGGAGUGUUGCUGCAAGUUUGAGGUUGGCGAGAUCUACAUUUUGAGUUCCAAACCAGCCAGAACUACAUAGCAAGACCUUCUCUUAAAUUAAAAAAAAAAAAAAGCCAUCUUGAGCUCUCUGGAAGAGGUAAUGUAUAGGAACCAUUCAGAGAUCAGGAGGGCUGCUGCUGCCUCUAUGACUUCCUGCCAUCUGCUCCUCAGCCACGCUCCAGGGAAGCCCAGAACUCUCUGCUUUGCUUCUGUGACUUUAGAGCACACCCUAGGUACUCACGAAGUACCAAAGACAGAAACGAGAAGAAGAAAUGAAGGGCUGUGUCUGCUUCUAGAAAACCUCCCCGCCAUACCUUCCUGGGCCUGUGUUUAUUUGCAGAGCACACCUGGAUAGCUUAACUGGUUCCAGAAACAGGCUGGGCUAUCACCACUGCACGCAAGCACAGGGCCAAGACCAAGCCUCAACCCUCAUCCAUCUCAACAUCGGCACUAUUUUCAGGGGACCCACAACCUAUCUCAGGGUUGAACUAUAUACCCCAGAAAGCCAGACCAACUCUGGGCCGUCCUUGAUCCAGUUUGGGCUGCCUGUGGGGAUGAAGAUGGGACACUAUUCCUGGUGUCUGGUCCUCAGCUCCUGGAAGUGUUGUGGCUGGCAUGAGUCCUCUGUGAAAACCUCUGUGUGUCGUGGUGAGUGACCACCCUUUUGCUUCAUGGCAUCUCUCUGAAGGACACGUAGUGCUGCUGGACACGGUGGCACAAGCCUGUGAUCCCCACUUGGAAAGCGGAGGCAGGAGAAUUCAGAGUUCCAAAGUAGCCUUGGCUACAUGAGACCCUAUCUAAAAAGCAAACAAAAAGAAACUCAAACAAACAAAAAAAUAGCGCAGUGCUAUCUAUGGCUGAGGUUAACAUUCUUAAUGCUCCGCCUAACCUUUCCCUAGGCACUCCACUUUAGCCUUGGGGUGAUGGGGCUUGCACUUCCACUUGCUUAAGCACCCUGAAAGGUCUGUGCCGCCCACAGUAGGUUCUGGAGUACCUGACGCUGUCAUGAGCUCAGAGCCAGUCUGGAAGGGAGCAAUUGCACAGCCCUCUGGGUACCCGCCCAGCACUGUCACCCCAACCCUGUUCUGGAGGGCACAGGCUCUGGAAAAACAACCAAGUAGAAAUAAAUAAAUAAAUAAAUAAAUAAAUAAAAAGA